UCAACGCGAGCGGAUCUGCCCAGCUACUACCGAUCUUCCAGUGGAUUAUUCAUCAUGUUGCAUCUGCAACUGACUCUGCUCUCCUGCCUUCUGGUCCUGGCCACCUGUAAAAUUCAAAAACAAACUCCGACAAACAGUUGGCGGGAUAUGCUCUUCGGCAGCAAGUGGCUAACUCCUGCUCCACGCUGGCGCGAAUCCAAAUUUCUGCCCAUCUUCGCCCUGGUACCCAUCGGUCCUGGCAGCUGUUCAGCGCCCUCGGGCGAACAAGGAAAUUGCAUUCCCAGCAAGGAUUGUGUGCUGCGGAAUGGCAUACCGGCUGGUCCUUGUGGCGGCGGCUAUGGCGUCUGCUGCAUCUUUCUUCAGACGUGCGGCGGUGUCAUACGCGAGAACUCCACCUACUUUGUGAAUCCCAAUCACCCGGAUGUCUACGAUGGCACCGGAAGCUGCCAGGUAACAGUGCAAAAACUGCAUCCGGACAUCUGCCAGCUACGCUUGGAUCUGGAUAUGUUCUCGAUAGCUCCGCCAGAGGCGGCCAAUCAUCUCUGCAAUCAGGAUCAGUUGCUCAUAUCCGGCGGCAGUCCCACGCCCACCAUUUGUGGCAGUUCAACGGGGGAUCACAUGUACAUUGACGCGGGUCUCGGCCAGAGCAAUCCGAUUGUUUUGUCGGUGAUCACCAGCGCAAGUUUUCCGCGCCUGUGGCGCAUCCGGGUCACCCAAAUCCACUGCGGAAGCAUCAGUCGAGCGGACCAAGGCUGUCUGCAGUACUACACUGCAAUUAGUGGGCGUGUGCGCAGCUUUAAUUACAACUCGGUGGGCGGAAGACAGCUGUCCAAUCAGGACUACAGCAUCUGCAUCCGGAACGAGCGCAACUUUUGCGGCAUUCAGUACAACGCAUGUCCGGAUCUGGAGAACAACAGAUCCAGAUCGUUCACACUCACUGGCAACUCCAACAAUCCGGUGGCCACGAUGGUGGGCGGUGGAGGGGGCAUGCCACCCAACCUAAACGGCUGCACAAGCGACUGGCUACUGAUUGGCUGCAUUCGAUCGGCGGACAGGAUUCCACCUCUGCCAGGAUGCGAGGAUCGCGUCUGCGGAGGCACUUUUAGUGCGGAGGCCGGAAUGCUCGCCAAAACAGUGCAAUCAAGUGUUCGUCCUUUCCGGCUUUAUUUCCACACGGACGGAGUGGAAGCGCCCAAUGAUAUAGACAACCGAGGCUUUUGCCUCGAUUAUGUUCAGCAGCCAUGCACAAAUGGCUUUUAGGCAGCAGCCCACAAGUAUGCAAUACUCUUUAACGCAAAAGGCAUACGAGUUCCACGCGACUAAAAUCGCUGGGAAAUUUUGAUCGGCGCUGCAAAAAUCGCAGGAAAAACGC